AAAGACGACGGCCGGUCCACGCGCUGUCGUCCUCCGCCACAAGCAACCGCGUGGGAACGGAAGUCAUCGCCUCACCCGCACCCCUACCCCCGCCGCAGUCCACAACCACCACCACCACCCGAAGCCGCGUGCGGGGAGCUGGAAACCUCGUCCAGAUCGGAGCCAGCCGCAGACCCCCGUGGGAAGACCAUCUUCGCGCGAACGACCUGCAAUCCCACGGCCACGGGGCGCCGGCGAUGGCGGAGGACGGCGAGGAGAAGCUGCUCGCCACGGUGCAGCACAUCGUGCAGACGCUCGGCAGCAGCGACACCAUGACGGAGGACAUCCUCAAGGUCUUCUCCAACUACGACGGCCGCCUCUCGCUCGACAAGAUCUACGCCGCGCGCGGCGCCGUGGCGGCGGCGGCGGGCGGCGGCGGCGGGGGAGGCGGGGGAGGGGAGCACUCGAUGCCGGCGUCGCCGCCGCUGCCCCCGCCGCCCGCGGCCGCCGUGCCGGGCUCCUCCGCGAGGCCGCCCGUCACGUCCAUGGAGCGGACCGUGCGCACGCUCGACCGCCAGAUCUCGCAGUUCGUCACCAUGGACAGGCUGAUCUGGGCCGACUCGGGCGACGCCGACGCCUUCCUCGAGGCCGUCGACGACCUCAUCGGCACCGUGCAGGAGCUGGACGCCGCGGGGACCAACCGCGUGCUGCUCGACCGCGCCGACGAGCUGCUCAGCCGGUGCAUGGCGCGGCUGGAGGACGAGUUCCGGGCCCUCAUCGAGCGCCCCGACGACGCGGCCCCCUCGGCGCCCGGCGGGUUCGCGUCCGACGGCAGCGACGACGAGGAGUUCUACGGCGGCGCGGACGGCUACGGCGACGAGCCCAUCCCGAUCGCCAAGCCCGUCACCGACUACGACGUCGUCAUCGACGCGCUCUCGCCGGGCUCCAUUGCCAACGUGCACCAGAUCUCGCGCCGGAUGGUGGACGCCGGCUUCGGCCGGGAGUGCGCCGAGGCCUAUGCCGCCGCGCGCCGCGGCUUCGUCGACGAGAGCGUUGCGCGUCUCGGCGUCCGGCCGCGUACCGCCGAAGAGGUCCACGCCUCCCCCUGGGAGGAGCUGGAGUUCGACAUCGCCCGCUGGAUCCCAGCCUUCAACAUGGUCUUCCGCAUUCUGAUCCCCAGCGAGCGCCGCCUAUGCGACCGCGUCUUCGACGGUCUCGCCCCCUUCGGCGACCUCGCCUUUAUCGCUGCUGUGCGCACUCAGGCACUGCAGCUCAUAUCAUUCGGCGACGCCAUUUCUUCCUCCAGCCGCUCGCCGGAGCGCCUCUUCCGCGUCGUGGACAUGUAUGAGGCUGUGCGGGACAUCCUCCCGGACCUUGACCCUGUGUUCUCCGACCCUUACUCCGCCGCACUCCGCGCAGAGGUCUCUGCAGUGUGCAACACCCUUGGUUCCUCAAUAAAAGGUAUAUUCAUGGAGUUGGAAAAUCUCAUCCGCCGUGACCCUGCCCGGGUUGCCACACCUGGUGGUGGUAUACACCCCAUCACUCGGUAUGUCAUGAACUAUCUCCGUGCUGCAUGCGGUUCGCGACAGACAUUGGAAGAGGUGAUGGAAGGUGACCUUGGUGCUGGUGGUAGAGCUUCUGCUGCCGUGGACCCUGACCGCCCCACGUCUUCACUUGCUGUGCACAUCGCAUGGAUCAUGGACGUUCUGCACAAGAAUUUGGAUACAAAAUCUAAGAUUUACCGAGAUCCGUCACUGGCUUGCAUCUUCUUGAUGAACAAUGGCAAGUACAUUAUCCAGAAAGUGAAUGACAGCGAGCUAGGUGUUCUACUCGGCGAUGACUGGAUCAAGCAGUUGUCAACUAGAGUGCGUCGCUGGAGCAUGGAUUAUCAGCGUUCAACAUGGGGCAAGGUUACAACUGUGCUGCAGAUUGGUGGUUCAGGCGUUGGUGCACUCCCAGCCAAGGCAAUGCUGCAGAAAUUGCGGAUGUUUAAUACCUACUUCGAGGAGAUCUACGCAGUACAAUCAGAAUGGGUGAUAGCCGAUGAUCAGUUGCGAAUGGACGUUAGGGCAGCAGUGGAGGAUUCAGUGAUGCCAGCAUAUGCGGCUUUGAUUGCCAGGUUAAAAUCAGCUCCUGAAACCGGACGUGACUUGUACAUCAAGUACACCCCAGAAGAUGUCGAGGCACAUAUCCAUCACUUGUUUGAAGGAGCAGCAAAGUGAUCAGUUGAUCAGUACCUUGUGGUUCCGGUGAUAAUCUAUUUUUCUCUGAGAUUUGUUAAGUUGCUGGCAGGGAUCUUGGUGAAUAUCUGUUCCUCAGUAAUGGUGAUAUUCUUACCUCAACCUUGUAGUGUUGUAUCAUUUGUAUUUUGUCCCUCCAUAAAAAAAUUAUGGGGUUUGGCAAAUGGUGUACAUGAUUAUGAUUGUAGGUGUGUGUAUGUCAACUAGUAAGGUGAUUAUUUUGUAACAAAAUUAGGGUCCCAUUUUGGUUCCAAUCACUCCUUCAGUUUAUCCUUGUGACUGUUUUAUGGGUGAAUUCCAAUGUUUAUUUAAAA